AUGAGAGAUGACAAUCUCUCCAGGGAAAUCAGAAUGUUAGCUGGUGAGGUUUUGGUGUCUCUUGCUGCGCAUGACUUCAACUCGGUGAUGUAUGAAGUACAAAGUAACUUCAGGAUCCUGGAGCUACCAAACGAAUUCAUUGUGCUUGCCCUGGCCGAACUGGCAACCAGCUAUGAGACUUUUGGAGAUAUUAACCUCACUCUCGGCAUGCUGAACAAGGAAGAUAAUGUUAGCAAGACUUUGUCCAUCAUUAAGGCCCAUGGCCCCGUAGUGAGUCUGCUGCUCCAUCGGGAAGACCUCAGUGAAUACGCCCUGGGCCAGGUACCCUGGCUCCUGAACCAGUAUAAAGGCAAAGAGACUGACUUCCACGUCACUCAGAGUCUAAAACAAAUAUUGACUGCAGCAGUCCUUUAUGACACUGGCCUUCCAAAGGGCUUGAAAAAAGCCAUCUUCAUCAAUUUACUCCACCAGGUGUGCAGAUUUCAAGAGCCCCCAGUAAAGGAAAAUGAAAUUGAAGCUUCAAGCUGUUUCCUCAUUCUAGCUCAUUCCAACCCUGCAGACCUGCUGGAAUUUUUUGAUGAACAAACAAGAAGUAAUAAUGAAGUCGUUCGAAGGGGAAUCUUGACUUUGUUAAGAUCAGCUAUCAAUGCUGAAGAGCCCAACUUGAGGGAUCACAUCACUUCAGUUGAAAAAAUAGUCAAAGUCGUCAUGGAUGACCUCAAUGUAAAAGAAAAACCAGUGAAGCCUAGCUCCCACGAGGAUGAAAAGGGAGAGAAAUCUGUCCGAGCAACAAGCCUUGAGGUCUUAAAAACUCUGGACCCACUGGUCAUUGGAAUGCCUCAGGUGCUGUGGCCAAGAAUCUUGACUUUUGUGGUACCUGCAGAAUAUACGGGAACUCUGGAAUACCUGUUUAAUAUCAUCAGAAUCCUAAUUAUGGCAGAAGAGAGGAAGAAGAAGAAUGCCACAGAGUCAACAGCACUUGUCAUCUCUACAGGAGCUGUGAAACUUCCUUCACCACAACAGCUACUGGCCAGACUUCUGGUAAUAGCUAUGCUCGCCAGUUUAGGGAAAUUAUGUGGGGUUGGUGCCAUAGGACUUUUGAAGAUAUUGCCUGAGAUAAUUCACCCCAAAUUGGUAAACCUAUGGAAAACACGCUUACCUGAACUCCUGCAGCCACUAGAAGGAAAGAGCACUAGUAUCAUGCUAUGGGAAACCAUGCUGCUUCGGCUGCUCAAAGAAUCUUUAUGGAAGAUCAGUGACAUAGCCUGGACCAUUCAACUGAGUCGGGAUUUCAACCAGCAAAAGAGCAGUUACAGCAACACCUCCAUUGAAAAG